AUGCGCAAGUUGUUAAACUCUAUCUUUGCAUCCACUUGCUUCGUGGUUCCGCUUCUGUGGGAUAACUCAGCAAUAGAAAAAGGCCCAUCUUCAUGCCUUAGGUCGCCGACCCUGCUCGAACUAGUAUUUGCGGGACAUAUCGGCGACCAUCGACCUCCUGACGCCAGUAACUAUAUACACAUAAAAAAGCCGCGGCUACCGAAGCAGCUUCGGAAUAAAUGGUUCAAUAUGAUUUCACCAGGACUAGACAUUUCGAGUGCUUCAAACCGGGUCAUGACGGCUUCCUCCGGGUUGCUCCUGGAGGAUUCGCAUAACUUUCUAAGCAGGGACGAUCCGUACACCUGCUUAUUAUACAAUGGGUGCCACAAAUGUGAUUGGUCGCAAUUCCUAGACGCGUUUGGCAAACCUAAUAAGGGCAAUACAGGUGAACUGGAGCGAAGUUUGGGAUGGAAUGGCCCUUUUCAUAGAGGAAAGCCCUGA